AUGCUGCCCUAUUUCCUUCUAGCUGCCGCCCAGCUCUUCGUCUCAACAUCCGCCAAGCUGACCUACCGUGGUGCUGAUAUCUCCUCCCUUCUCGUCGAAGAGAAGGCAGGCAUCUCCUACAAAAAUGCCGCCGGUGCCACGGCAAAGCUAGAGUCCAUCAUUGCAGCCAGCGGCGUCAACUCCGUUCGCCAGCGUAUCUGGGUAAACCCCAGUGAUGGGUCAUAUGAUUUGGACUACAACAUCGAGCUGGCGAAGAGAGUCCAGGCGCAGGGCAUGGGCACGUAUCUCGACUUGCAUUUCAGUGAUACGUGGGCAGAUCCGAGUAAACAGGGCACACCCUCCGGCUGGUCGACAACGGACAUUGACACCCUGACCUGGCAAGUCUAUAAUUACACAUUGGAUGUAUGCAACACCUUCGCUGCCCACAACCUCGAUGUAGACAUCAUCUCGAUAGGCAACGAGAUCCGUAACGGCCUACUCUGGCCACUCGGCGCCACAGCCAGUUACAGCAACAUCGCCCAAAUCCUCCACUCCGGCGCCUGGGGUGUGAAAGACUCCAAUCUAGCCACAACCCCCAAAAUCAUGAUCCACCUCGACAACGGCUGGAGCUGGUCCGACCAGGCCUACUUCUACGGUCAAGUCCUGGCGUCGGGGUCUGCGCUGCUCUCCACCGACUUUGACUACAUUGGGGUUUCGUUUUAUCCGUUUUACAGUGCGAGUGCGACGCUCGCUGCGCUGAAGACGAGUCUUGCGAAUUUGUACUCGACGUACGGGAAGCAGACGCUGGUCGUUGAGACGAAUUGGCCGUAUGCUUGUCCCAGUCCGGCUUAUGCGUUUCCCUCGGAUCUCAAGGAUAUUCCGUUCUCGAUUGCUGGGCAGCAGACGUUUUUGCAGAGACUUGGAGCUGCGGUUGAGGGUGUUGCGGGUGGGUUGGGAGUGUAUUACUGGGAGCCUGCUUGGGUGGAUAAUGCGGGAUUGGGGAGUAGUUGCUCGGAUAAUCUGCUUUUUGCUUGGUCGGAUGAUCAGGCCAGGGCGAGUUUGGACACUUUGGGUAGUCUGUGA